ACUCAACCCCACUACCCCGCCGUCGGUGCCUUCAAUAGUGCAACUGCCACACCCUCACGCCGUCUGUCAUAUUCGUUGGUUACCGUCCUACCUGAUUCAUCAUUUAUUCCCAGCACACGGUUUUGAGCGAGAGAUCUUAGUGCAAGUUACACCAAGCUAUUACUCACCACACAUUUAGAAGGACCGCAUAAUUCGCCUUGUUUUCUUCCAGUGCGGAAAAGUCGAAAAAGGGAACAGCCAAAGCCUUUCUUUUUAUCUGCGUCCAAGGUCACGUAUACACACGGAGAGAAAGAAAGCCAAGAAAAGAAAAAAAAAUAAGACAAACCCCACAAGACUAUGGCGACCCCCGCAUCCGUCAUAGCCGCAGCCGCCGCCCCUCCGACCCCGGGCCGGCCGUCGAUUAUCGGCCCAGCAAGCGGGCCGGAGCCGCCGUUCCCGCUGCGCAUGGAAGGGCGCGUCAUCAGCGGCUUCGGGCGCGGGUCCAAAGAGCUCGGGAUCCCGACGGCGAACCUCCCCGUCGACGCGUCGGCGACGCCGUGGAUCUCCGACUUCAAGUCGGGCGUGUACUUUGGUUGGGCAUCGCUGCAGCUGCCUGCCUCCCCAGCAACACCAUCCACUACCACCAACAACGGCUUCACCGUCUACCCCAUGGUCAUGUCCAUCGGGUACAACCCCUUCUACCGCAACACGGUGCGCAGCGCCGAGGUGCACGUGCUCCACAGCUUCGCGGCCGACUUCUACGGCGCGCCCAUGCGCCUGCUCAUCGCCGGCUUCAUCCGCGAGGAGAAGGACUACGCGGGGCUCGAGGCGCUGAUCGCCGACAUCAACUUUGACUGCGAGGUGGCGCGGGCCAGCGUGGCGCGGCCGGCGUGGACGCCCCGGGAGCUUUUUAGUGGUAGCAGCAGCAACAGCAGCAGUAGUAGUGCCGAUCCGUCUAAAGACGGGCAGGAGGGGGGUACUCUGGACGGGGCGUGGUUGCUGCGGCCGUGGAGCGAGAAAGCACAGGAGACAACGGCCCCAGCGACCGGGGGGGAUGGGACUGCAUGAUAUGCAUUUAACAUGUGCCGACCGUUUAGCGCGUUUUGGAAUGGGAAUGGAAUAGGAACGCCUCAGUAGAAUAGAGAGACAACGAGCAAAGAGAUCACGAGCGAGCGGGAGAGAGAGAAAGACGUCAAAUUUAGGUAGGGUCGGAUACAAAGUCAAAUAAUUACAUACAUUACGGAGUACGCGUCCUGCAA